AACAGCAGUUGCAGAUUUUUUCAUGUUUUUGUGAUUUAUUUAAUUAAUAUAUGUAGUUAUCAAAAAAAAAAAAAAAUUAAUUGGAUUUGUGUACCAAAAGAAAUGAAAAUGACAGGUAUUACAUGGAAAAUGUCAAUGACAGACCAAACAGAUCAUGACAAGCACAAUUACACUGUUAGUGGUCAAGUAACAUCCACCCAAGUAAAUAUGUGCAAUAAUCCAAAUAUAAUUGUACAAAAGCCUCCUGAUACAUAUAGCACACCUUCAGGAUCAAAUGUAUCUACUUUGAAACAACUCACAGAGUCCCAUUACAUAACAACUGAAGAAUGUGUCGUCAAUUAUCCUAUGGUAAGACCCAGACGUGAAUUCCUUGACAUACUUAAACAAGUAGGAGCAUCAUGGGAAGUUUUAACAAGAAAAGAGGUCUGUAGUUAUCUAAAAGAUUACAUCGGUAGCAGACAGUUAUACAAUCCAAAUGACCCUAGUAUAGUGUUCUGUAAAAAAGAUCCUCUGGGAAAAGUGUUUGGAGUUGAUAAAUUUACCUUUACAGAAGCAACGAAAUUGAUAGAUGCCAACUGCUACCAAUUACCUGACUCUUGUAUGGUUAAAAAAGAACAAUUAGUUGCUAGACCAAAGAAAAGAAGUAAUACUAGUACAUCAAAUCAAGAAAGAAGGAUAGUAACUGUUUCUUGUCCAAAGUUGAUUGACAUUCUUGUACAUAGUCCCAGUACUCAGACAAUAGAACAGCAGAAAGCACAGAAUAAUUCCCAAGGCCAAUCAUCAGACACAAGUGCAAACAGAGCACAGAAUUUGCCAGCUGCUUCUACUGGUAGGAGGAGACAUAGAUGGGUAUCAGAAAGGGAAGAUUCUGAACCAGAUAUAAUAGCCAUCGAGCUAGAUGCCGACAAUGAUGAUGAUGUUAUAGGUGUAGAGGUUGGAACCAACGGUGCUGAUGAUGUUAUAUCUGUAGAGGUUGAUGCUGACAGAAUUUCAUUUGAAUAUGAAGUCUGUUCAGAUGAGGAUGAUAUCAUAUCCAGCACAGCCAGUGUUUCAGGAAUCUCAGAUACUAAUGUAGUGAUAAUAUGUGGUGAUAGUGAUAUGGAAUUCUGGGGUGAUUCUGAUUCAAGUGAUUCAGAAUUAUCAGAUGGGGAUAAAUGGACGUGCACAGAAUGUGAUACGAAAAACUCUCCUUUACAUGGUCACUGUGGACAUUGUAAAAAAGUGCGUCCAAACUGGCUACCAGAGACUACACGAAAGAGGCGGUUGGAAAGAAUGAAUUCCAAAGACCAGGCACUUUUGUCUUCUUCCGAAUGCAGUGAUAUUUCUCAUAUCCCUUCAAAAUUUCGUCGUUCUUCUAGAGACCGUCUUACAUCGAUAGAAUUGGAAUCUGACAAAGACUUGAUAGUGGAUGAAGAGGACUCAGGAAUUAGCACCGUGUCUAGUCAGCAAUCUAGUCAAGAAAAUUUAGCUGACAAUAAAGUGAAAUCCUAUUCUACGUUGAUAGAAAAUUCAUCCACGUUAGGAACGUAUAGAACUUUGCUAAACUUUCAAUCUACAGACUCAGCAAAAAAUAAAGAUGAACUGUCAGUAUCAGAUAAAAUGGAUAUUUCUGGCAAAUUGCAAAAAGAGUCUAAGCAGCAAAAAUCUGAGAAAAUUUCUUACAAUAAGGAAUUGGGAAAUUCUCAAUCACAACUUGGUCAGUGCUGUAUUUGUUUCAGCCGGCCUAAAACUGCCAGCAUUAUUCAUGGCUGCACUGGACAUCAAGUGUGCUGUUAUAGAUGUGCCAAGCGACUGAAAAGACUUGCAAAACCAUGCCCUCUCUGUAGACGACCUAUUCAAAAGGUCAUUAAAAACUAUUUUGCUUAAAUAUUUGUAUACUGAUUACAGGACAUAUUGUUAAUUUUCUUCUUUUUUUUUUGUCAUGACUGAAUUAUUAGCAAGUGAUCAAGUUUACAAAAAAUGGCAGAAUACAACUUUGACUUAAUUUGAAUUCAUUAUCUGCUUCUUAGGCUUCAGUAAACUUGCCAAUGAAAUGAUUAAAAAAAGGUUUCAAAUUUUCAAUAUUUUAAGUCAUUGGAAACAACCGUCCAGGUAUUUUUAAAGUUCAUUAAAGCCAUAAUUUUUUAUAAUGCAAUUUUCAAACUAUUUAACAAAUGUAUAUCUAAAUAAGACAAUCGUCUCAAACCAAUUUAAUGUCAGAAGAGGCCUGUGGUUUUGAAUGGCCUUUAGGGGUAUGAUAUUAGUAUGGUUAUCUAUGUAAGCAUUGUAGUACAUCAUUUGUUAAAAUCUCAGCAUUUUGUUUUUGAUAAAUCAAAUUAUGUCAUUGUUUGUAUAUGUAAAUCAAUUAUUUAUUUUUUUUACCAUAUAACUCACCUAUUUAUCAUGUUUAUGUUCACUGGUUUUUAUUAUUUAUUUUCAUGUACUGUUAUCUAAUUUAAGUACUAAUCAUAUUUAUUUUUGUGUCUUCACAUGGCAGCUAUUAUUGGAUCAUAUUUUUAGCAAUCUCUAUCAAUUAAUACAUGUAUGAUUGAAACAUUAAUCUAAUUCAUAAUUAUCAUAUUAGUUAUUGUAAAUGUUUUAUCUCAAAUUACUGCAUAGACAAAUUGUUCAACACUGUAGCUUCCAUUGGGUAUGCAUGUUUUAUUAACAAUUUCUAUCAUUUCAAUUUUAAUUUUAUAAAUACCAUAAAUAUUUGCAGAGAUAUAUGUACUCACAUCAAUUUCAAAGUUUAAUGUACAAUUUAACCAAAGUAUUAUUUAUUGCAUAUAAUACAAAAACUUCUAC